GGUGUUGAGGAAGAAUAACCUUUAUUUCUUUGAUGAAUUUCAGGUGAUCUUGCUACCAGCCAAGGCAUGCCUAAGCCAUACCGUGGGAGUGAACCAUCAUGUAGCCAGUGACUGAUGUUUGUGACUGAUUGGCACAUGCCAAAGACUGGCAAAGACAAUACAAACCAUGAGCAAACAUGACAAGUGUCUGCAGGCUUUCCUGAACCUCUACAGACUCUGUAUGCAAAAAGAGGUGCAAGUGCAAACUAAAUGGGCAGCAGAGCUGAAAAACUCUGAUUGGCAUUUAGGAAGACCAAAAUCAGCAAGUAGAGGAAGAGCAAGCAAUGGGUAUCUCCUGGAGCAGUGGUCUUCUGUAGUCAUAACCUCAUCAUCUGUCUCAACGACAUUUAUUUCACAUGACUUGGUGAGAAAGAAAGCAGGCAGCCACUGAGCCUGGGUGUUGGAAGAUGUUCUCCACCUGGCCAGCGCUAAGCAGACUGCGUAGGUGAAAAGACACAGCCUGAGCAGGUGCAUGCACAGGUGGACAGAGGUCAAAUAGCAAGGGCAGUCAAGGGGAGUUGGUUUAAAAAGCAAGACAGCAUUAAAACAUCAUUGUGAAAGUCCACGUCAAAAUGGUCUUUUAUAAUUGACGGUAAAGAAGAAGAACUAGUGUGUUCUUCACCACAUUAAUGUUGAAGAGAACUCCCUGCUGAUAGGACAGGGUGAAGAGAUGGGUGAACUAUUACCAGGGUCUUUACAGACCACUGAUCAAGAGAUGAAGAGAUUUUCAGUGUUUGGGAGAUUAUAACGCUUCAGGAGCAGGAUGACAAGAAGAAUCUUUCUAGCAGAGGCUGCAAAAAAAGGGUCAUGAGACUGAAGAAAUCUGAGGGGCUGAGAAAGGAUUGAUGGGUCUGUAGUAUGGGUCACUGACCCAGCGAGGCAAUUAUAUAUUAUCAGGGAAGAAAAGAUCCCCUGAACAAGGAAAAGUGGAUCCUAGUAAGUAAAUCGCCACAGUUAUGACCUUCCAAAUUCUGUGCAUUUCCUGAUACCUAAGCAAAUUCCUCACUGUGUUCCUUGCUGGAGGAUUCAGAAGGUGGAUUCAGUUUCCACGAAGUGAGAGGGACAGUGCAGCAAAACCAGUGCAAGAGGCUGGUCACCGGCAAGCUCAGAGAUAUCAAGAACUUCAGUUGCACAAUUUCAAAAAGUCAUUUGACCCGGUGUGUUGCAAUAGGUGUGUGGAGUGUCCUAGGGCUAUAUGAUAUGUGCAAGAAGCUGCUGAAAACAUUAUGAAGAGGUGAGGUCAGCAGUCCUGGUCAAGAGCAAGCUGAACAACUGGUUCAGCACAAUGCCUGGUAGCAGACAGAGUGACUUGAUAAUUUGCAGCAACUUCUGGAGCUGCCUGUAGACAGUGAAGGAUGGAGUUACAGCCACCAAGGACUUUGGGCAAAGUCAGACAAAGAGAUCACGAGCCUGAGGAUGAUCACAUCUUCAGUGGUGGUGCCAGAUCAUCAGAUGUGCCAAGCCAGGUUGCCGUGUCCGGUGAUGAAUGAUGCAGAUCAAACAUUGGCGUGGGCCAGACGAAGACCAGGAGGAAAGGGAGAAGAGAUGAGAACUGCACAGGCAGGUAGCAGCAGGGUGGACAAGAUAGACCACGCCAUUUAUCUGAGAAAUUUCACCACACAGGACAGCAAGAGAUCCCUCUACAGAGAUUUGAAGGAGGAUGUAGCUGGUACACACGGGCGUAGAUCGUCUGAAACAGUCAUGAAAAGGCACAGACAAAUCGUGAUAGUAAAAAUCACACUACUCAGUAGGUCCCUGUCCUUGGACUUGCAGACCUUGAGACCAUGGCCCGUGUGCAAAGAAAUGGAUGGUCGGGAAGGCAAAACAAAAACAGACAGCUGGUCUUUGCAAGGAAAUGUUACAGAUUGUGAGACCAUGUCAGAAAUAGUCAGCAGUAGGAUUUAUGAAAGGGACAGUCAUCUGUGUGAGGAGAUUCUGGCUGAUGCCUGGAUAACCGCUUUCAAGGUACUCUGUUCUUUGUUUUGGUAAAGGGAAAAGGAUUAAGAUGCUGAUGGUAGGAGAAACUAGAUUAUUUGUUUUCAUUUUGCCUUUUUUUUUUUCUUUACAAUUUUCUCAAUAGGUGUGUGCAUACCUAUGUACUGAAUUUACACCUGCCUCUGUAAGCUGCUACUCCCUAAUCUUCCUUCGUAGACCCUUUGAGUCUGCUGUCUGUGGACCUGGAGGGGUGGAUGACAUGAGUCUGUAUUUGCUGAACACAGUGCAGCACUUGAGAAUGACUUGUAACUGUCCUCUAUGGUUAUUAGUCUGUGGGACAUGAAAAAUAAAGGGCAAAGCUCUCUGAAAAUGGAGAUGGCAAAGCCAAGAGAACUGGGAGGGGAAACAGAAGAUUUACACGUGCAGCAGUUUGAAGUUCAUCCUUGAGCAAUGAAGCCACUUUGGGUUUCCAAACACUGGACCUGUGAUACCGGAUCAGUCUAAUGGGCUGGGCAGACAGAGCCCUGCCAGACAGCAACCAUCACCAAGUGUGUGGAAAAAAGGGCAAAAUUCAACUGAAAUUUCUAUACUUUCCUCUUGGUGGGUCAUCUGGCUUUUUACAAGUCAGGAGGUUUCUGUAGAGUGGUGAAUUCGCAUUGCGUAGUCCCAAAGUUUUGGGUGAGAUCCCCAAAAAUAAAAUAAAAUCAAAUCACCAAAUGUGCAGGAUGGAGAGAACCAGAUGAUUUAAUCUGGGCUGUAGGAAGGGUGAGUGAGAUAAAGGUGAUUGAGCAGCAUCAAAGGGUGACAAUCAAUUUGAAUUUCCCCAGAAGUGAUGUUGAUGCCUGUGUUCCUUUUUCUUUAAUUAAAUAGCGAGUGUUCCAUUAGUAGUUGGAAUAACACACUGUUCUUGGGGAAAAGAAAACCCAUGUAAUCCCUUUAUCUGCUAAAAUAGAUGAUUUCUAGUAGAUUAAACAAUGGCUUUUCAGCUACCAGAGCAUAGUUCAGGCCAUAAUUGAAGUCCUCUCCUUGGCCUUGGUCCCUCGCAGCCACUAGUCCGUAGAGCCCCAUCAUCAGAGAUAACUUCGGUGGCUCUUGUCUGCCGUGAGUGUUUCUCCAGAUGAGGAGAUUAGUCAGAGAUAAAGCAUAUUACCUGAAAAUAAUAAGUGAUUACGGUCUUGGACUGUCUCUCCACAUUCAUUUCACACUGGUUAACCCUUGCAAAACUGGCUGCUGUUAGGGUUUAGGUCUUCAAGGAGGAGGGAGGGUGAAGGAAGGUUUCCCAUGUUUGAGUGGAAAAGGAGGAAUUUCACCUUUUGUUUUCUGGGUGGGGAUUUUGGGGCAGGGAAGGAAGCACUCGGCUCUGUGCUGGUCAGCUUGAAGUUGCGAGGUCUUAAAACUCCCUUGCACGUCAUCUACCAUUAACUUCACAGAGACACAGCAAAAUACUGGAUGCCCAGUAUUUACACACAGGCUGUAUUUCCACUGCUGCAUUAAACCAGACCAGGUCGUAGGCCCAGCCAGUGACCUGCAGUAGUCCAUAAAGUUAAAUUAUUAGCAUGAGCCAAGCAUUUUUUGGUGUUAACUGUACUCUGCCAUGCCCAAGCAUGUCUCAGAGGCUAUAAAUUGCUCAGUGGGUAUUUAGCAUGGGACCGGUCUGCUAUGGGGAGUGCUGGCUGGGCUGUGUGGAUGUGAGAUUAAGGCCAAAGAACAGUCCUUGGUGUUUUUCCAGCAUGGAUGUAUCUACUUAGACUCAACAACACAAAACUAUUUGUAGCUUUCACAUUCAUUCAUCAACAGGAGAUCCCGAGAAACACAAAAGCCUCACAAGGUUUUUAUAGGGAAUUGUAUGUCUAGGAAUACAAAUUUAAAAAUAACAUAUUGCGGGUUUCUAGAAAUUCAGAUUGGUUGCCACGGUAGGAUGGAGAGAAGAAAUGUAAAAGAAACCUCAGGCUGAAGAAAUGCCUUGAAAUCUGCUAAUGGGGCACUGCUGUUGCUAUCACUGCUGGGAGUGAGCUCUUGCACUGCAGAUAGCAAGUGUCCUGACCGGACGGUCUUGGUCUCCUUGCAAAUAUUACAGAUGAAGUCCUGUCCCUGUUCAAGCCACUGGGAGUUUUGUUAAUGGCUUCAUUAGGACCACUGCUACUUCAUUCAUAAAAGGCGUCUUCCCAGCUCUCGUGCCAUUACAGCAUCCUCCGUCUGUCAUCGGGCUGGGCUCUGGGAGCAAGGGACAAGCGGGUUCAUCCUUCUUCCUCUAAAUGCUUCAUCAGCCGCUCCCUUGAAAACUGUAAAUAAAGGCCUCUGGGGAUAGCUUUUCUGCUUGACCCCUCACCUGAAAUGAAAAUAAAGGUGGCUGAAUUUCAUCCUGACACAGAGCUCCUUCCCGGGCUGGCUCUUUCCCAUAGCUGUUGACAGUUACCUGCCAAGCCCCGUGGUUACCUUUGAUUUUGCUGUAAUGACAUCUCGGUACUUAGGAUGGCUCUGGGACUCUAAUCCUCUCUGCAGCCUUAACCAAUUUAUGGGGUAACCUGAGACCAGGCUCUUGCUUCACCGUGAUUCUGCCCCUUGUUAGCACUCACUGAAGGUAUCAACAACCUAAAUGCAAAGGGUUUAUUUUAUUGCAUGCUCCGUGUUGUCAAAUAUCUGCAUGCACAUCUGCCAUAGAUCUCUGCUUUUAGAGGGUAGCUGCAUGUGCUCGCUGCAUUAAAACUGCAGAGUAUUUUAUUUCUCCAAAGUGUGCUGCUAAAACAAAGGCUUUGUUAGCAAUUACGAGGCAGCCCUCCAAGGAGCAAUGAGGAUUCAGCAAAGCAGGAUUUAUUCACUGUUUUGCCACAGAUUUUCUGCGUGAUCUGCAGCUUGCUUUGUCACAAGCGCUUCAUCUUUAAAAUCCUUCAAGUCAAAGUCCUUUACCUGUCUUGUGUGUUUAAACUGUAAGCUCUUCAGGGCCGGGGCUACUUUUUUGUUGGCGUAACAGCUUUUAUAAUAACUCCCUCCUAAUCUCUAGAGUACCUACCUGUGCAUGUAUAAUACAGUUAUAAAAGCGCAGUCUCAGCUUCAUUGCAGUGAAUGAUCCCUGCAUUAGAGGAGGACAUGAGUCCUGGUCCCUGCUCCCUAACCUAUAUUAAUUGCCUUUUCUAAAGGAAAUCUCAGGGCAGAUGAUUUACAUGGCAGCGGAAGUAGGAGGAGGAUCCCCGGGAAAGCAAACACUUGAGACUUCAAGGUGGGAUGACUUUGGUGGCACGCUUCUCCAAUGACCACCUGAUCCAGGAGGUGCCCACUGCCUAAGCACAGAUCAAAGGCAAAAGGUGACUUCUGAAAUGGCAUGCAACCACCUCUCGCAUUGCUUGAAUUCUCUCCUCCUGCUAGCGUUUGAUCUUGCUUUACUUUUCUUGUCACUGGAAGCAGGUGGUUGCUUUAUUCUUCCCGACAAGUUUAGAUCAGCUGAACAGCUAAUGGCUGCAGUGGGAAGAAUCUCCCAGUUGCAGACCCAGUCCAGACCUUGGUGCAGUCAAUGGCAAGGCUCCUCUUCACUGCAGUCAGUAGUGGAUGAGGUCUAGAUGAGCUGAUUUGGAGUGGUCCUUAUCGUGCCAAACUUGUCUUUAAGAUGUAGGUGUGAUUGUAUUUGCGAAGUGACACUCAAGGAAAGUCCAGCCAUCUGAAACCCAUGAGUUUGUGCAGACAUGUGGGCAUAUGGCUUGAAGACUUUCCAUGACAUGCUAUAAGUGCACAAUCCCCCUGUAUUUAUUGCUAGGAAAGGCUCGUGCUUGUUAUUCUGGGCUCUAUAUGCUGGGGAAAAUGUCAGGCUCUUGGCUUCCAUGAGAUCUGUGGUGAAUGUGAUUCCAAAUGACAGGCGUAAGUCAAGCCAAUUUCAUACUGUAACUGGAGUUAUGUUACAUCAAGAGCCUCUCCAAGACUUGAGAUGCUUGUGUACAUUGUGCUGAAUUUCACCUGUUAUUCCCAUGUGUCUGUAACACAUGGUGCUAUUCUGCCAUCCUCAUGUGAGCCUAUCUCUAAUUUUAACCUUCUCCUUCCAAAGAGAAUGAGAAGGAGAAUUAACCUAACAGGCAAGCUCUUAACAAAGCCUCGGAUAUCUGAUACACAUAAUGGUCCCGGAGGCAUGUUUACUUUGGACUGACUGAGUGAGUGAAAACCAUUUUGGAAGGGCUUUUUCACCUCUAGCGACUUAACCUAAGGAGGAGAAAAGUGAUGUGGUUAAAGGGCUGUUCAAACAAUGGCAUUAAUGGGCAGAUUUUGGUUCUCCAACAAUACAUAUAUGUAUUUGCCUUACACAGGUGCAUAAAUACGCAUUGAUUUAUAUCACAGGACACAUCACACAGACAGUGAUGAGAUUUCAGCCAUCCUCUGCUGAUGCAGGAUUUUGUCGGGGGAACCAUGAGCAAACAGCUGAUUGUUUUAGGAGGCUACAGCAGAACUACCCAAAGAUUUGGGACACCAAUAUUGAGUUCACUAGCUGCCCUUCUGCAGAAAGGAGCGUCUGUGCAACAAGGAGUUUAGCUUUGAGGGCUCAGUCCUGUAAGUGAUUUAGCUGGCUGGAAGAGAGCUACAGGUGCCUCAGAUUUAGCCUGAAGGAUGCUGCUUAUUUCUCACCACAAGGUGCCAUACAUGCCCCCACCAAUUUAUCAAGAAAACUAGAGAGAAGCAUGAAAUAACUCCAUGGGAAGCCCUCCCAUGCUGGGCUGCUGGGCUGCUGCACUGCCACCAAAGUUCAUGUUUUUAGACCCAAAUGGCUGGCUGACCUCAUGCUGACAGAAUGCGCUGUCAACACUCGUCCCUUGAAGACAAGUCACCCCUUUGCGCUUUGUCUCCUCGUGGUGAUAACCCGAACGGAGAUUCGCAGAUUACGCUCUGCCUCUUUCACGCGAUGGGGGUCCUGCUUACCCAUCGCUUCCCUCUUUCAACAUCCUCGCGGGGGCAAUGAAUCUUAUUGCUAGCCCAAAGAGCACUUGUCAAGAGCUGAGUUGACAAGGAGGUAUGCCCUCCCCGGCUGUAUUUUCUUCUGUUGAAUUGUUAAGAGCUGAGAUGGUUCACCUGAACCCUGCUGGUACCCAGUGCACAGUACCUUGUGCAAGAGCAAGGCUUACACAGCACCAUUUCACAAGCAGGAAAAAAACCAAAAAAAACCCAAAAAAACAGCAGUUGGGGCCAAAUUGAGGUGAAAUUCAUCUCUGUGUCACAUCCCAUAUGCUACUGCAGUCCUACUGAGGCUAUGAGAUUGUUCUUCCAGAGGCACACAGGUACCUCUAAGCACAGGGAAAUGUCCAGCAGGAUGUUAGGAAGGAGCUGCACAGAUUAGGUACAGAAAUUUCAUUGUUUAAUGUUAUAAUUUAGAUCAUUGACUCUAAUUUAAAUUCUUCCCAUCUGAUUUUAAAGGACCUGAACUCAGCUAUCACACAUUAGGGCCCAUUAGAAAAUUCUCCCAAGGUGCUGUUAAAAAAACAUAAUUACCUGCCCUUGACAAUCUGGUCCUGGAUGUCUUCUUGUAAUUGUGUUAUACCCAUUCACACAGCAUGAUGUGGAGGGGUCAAAAGCACCAGCACCCUCUGAAAACCUCCCUCGAUGUUUGGGGUUAUCGUUGCCUUGAGAAACAGGGACACUUUUAUUCAGGUACCUAGCUUAGGCUCCCGUCCCUGGAAAUCUUAGCCGUCACCUUUCUGGAGAAUUGUGAAAAUAAACCAGCUAUUGAAGAGCAUUUUUCUCCUGCAGAUGUUUAUAACACAGUGCUGGUCUUUGGCAUUAGCUUACCUCUUUGAGCUGUGCAGGCAGUGGCACAGACAGGACCCAUGCAGGGUACAGUGAGCCCUCUUCAAUGAAUUCCUAGGGCAGGGAAGCUUUAGCAAAACAUAUAGAAAGUAUUCAGUUGGGGGAAGGUGGGAAGGAAAAGGCACAGGAAAAGCUGCCGGAUUGCAAAAAUAACAGAGCAACCCCGUGGCUGUGAUUCACAGAUAACACUGAAGUGCUUGGUGCUGCUUUGUGUAGCCCAACAGUGUCUUAAUGAUCUCACGGUGGUUAGUGCCAUAGGGAAGGGGUGAUUCCAGCUUAUUCGAAGCCAACACAGUAUUUCCAUUCACUCCAGCUGGAUCUUUCCUUCCUGGUGCUUCUCACGUGCAGCCCGUGCUGAGCACUGUGUCCAGGGAUGCUGGGGAGGGAUCUGACGUGCAGGAGCAUCCUUCUGCUCAGUUUCCUUGUGUCAAGAGGCUCAGAGACAUCUGGGACCAUUGCAGGGAAUUGGUAUUGUGGGAGGGAAUGGUACUUCAGCCUACAAGCAUCUGUGAAGGAAGUUUAAAAGACGUCCUUAUGUAUAAAAAAAAAAGACACUUGGCUGGUUUACUUUUUCUCCAUAUCUGAAUUAGCAAUGAGUAGGCAGAUAAGCUCUCUUGCAGGUAGAAGUUGAAAGCUGGGAGUUUGGUUCCUACACACUUCUAAUUGGGGUUAUGUUGGUAAUUAUCAGCCCCAUCGUUUGGUAGUUGGGAAGCAGAAAUGGAAAGCUGCACAGCAAUAGUGGGCUGCUCCUGCAUGAACUAUCUUGGCAAAAUGCCUUUUAAUUUCAUGUGAGCUGUGCCUGCGAGAAGACGGAAGGAUCAAACCAUCAUCAAGGAAGAUCAGAAUUCGGAGCCAGAUUUUGGAAAUUGUCUCCUAUCUCAGUAAUGAAUCAGACACCUUAGGUGAAAUUCAGAACUUACCGAAUAAGCAUUUUAGUUUUUGAGUUUAGCAGGGCCAGGAUUUCACCCCUAACUUCAAAUAUAUCCAGACAAUGCUGUGCCUGCAGCUUGGAGCCAGUUGCUAAUGGUACAACCUAAAAUUGAAUCUCAUUUAUACUAGUCUUGUACAACCUGAUUCUACUCCCCUUUUAUUAAUAACUGAUGGGGGUUCAGAGGCUGAGUUCCAGGUGACGGCCCCAUCCCUCCUUUACUGUGCUGCUUUACAGAAGAUCGGUAUUUUAAAAAUGAAUCUUCUUAAUUUUAGUCCUGGUAAUUUUAGAGUGUAGACUUGGUUUCGUUUACAUCAGAAAUAGGAUCCCUUUUCCCUGCCCUGGAAGGAAGACACUCUCAAGGGCUUACUGAUAUUUGUGUGUUUGACUUUAAGGCAGAAGUUUGUUCCUAAUUAAUUGAAUAAGUGCUUUAAUCCCUGGCCUGAGGGCUUCCCAUAGAGCAUUAGCUGUAUUAAGAAGGAAAUGGAGUGUAAUCCCGUUAAUAUAAGCACAAGAGAACACGAGAGUUUCACAUUUCUGGAAAUAAUUUCUUUCCUUGUUGUAUCUUUUAUUUUAAUAUUAAUUUGCAUAAAAUCCAGUGGAGGUGAGGGGCUCCUCCUUCUGCCUGGCUCCAGUGCUGAGGUGUUGGCAGCACACGACCCUCGCCAGAGUGUUUGCAUCCUCGGGCUCUGGUUAUGAACUGAUGUGUGACUGGGUGAAAAGAGAAAUAACUCUAGAAAUUCAGGUCAUUCUGAUGGUGCUUGUGAACCCAGGUCCAUAAUCAGGUCUCCUCUGUGGAGGAUCCUGGAGCCAAGAUAUCAUAUUUCUGACCCAUGCAUCUUUACCAGCAUUUACUACUAUUAGCAUUAUUGUAGUGCCAAAGAACCUUGUUUCUGAACAGAUAUCCAGGCUCAUGUGUAGCUGCAAAAAUUGGACUCUUGGAUGAGAUGAAGCUGACCAAACCCAGGCUUUCUGAGAAAGCAGUUUACUUCACCCCCAAGUACCUAUCUACAUGGGUCACAUGAACUGGGCUAAACAAGCCAGGAAGAAUCAGCACAGAGGGAGACGUCCUCUUUGUAACAUCUAAAAUUAGGUGAGAUUAGUCUUGGAUGAGGUGGUUCCAAACCUGGCUGAUGCUUGACAUUUUUUAAAGAGUAAAUACUCUUUACUGGUUUGCUGUUCCUGUCCAUUUGUGGGACAGAAGGCUAAACUUGAGCAUCCCCUGCUGUCUUAUGUUGCAGGUUGUCAGAGGAAGGGGGCUGCAGCACCUGGAUGGGACAGCUCAGGUGUACUCUGACACCCUCCAAGACCGAGCAGAGACCCCUGCCUGCCUGACUUCUGCAGUGUUUCCUUCCCACACCGAGGUUCCUGGCUCACCAUGGGGGACACCAUGAAGAAAACAACGCUCUCGAAGCCUCACGUGUCACUGGGCAUGUACAGGAGUUCUUACAAGAGAGACUAUGAGUGGCCUGAGAAGUCACUCAGUGACAAGGACAUGCAGAAGCUGCAGAUUGCAGACUCCCAGCUAAAAGCCAAGGAGUUUGCCGUACCCCAGGAGGAGAAGGUGGUUCCCUACAGUGACAAUGUUGUGUGUCAGGAGAAACAAGUCAUCCCAGCACCCAGCAUCGAAGCCAGUCGUGUUGAUGACACAGGAGGGAUGAAACCAGAAGAAGGCUGCCUACCGAGGUGCUACCCUACCACCGCAUUGGCAGGACCCCAGGCAGAGAGACUGGAGAGGCUGCAGGCUCUUGCUGUGCCCAAGAAUGAGCUGUUUUAUUGCCAGUGUCUUCCAGCUGAUGAUCAGACCGCUGGAACAGCAGGGAUGUUGCUGCAUGGGCAGAAGCUGGUCCCGACCUGGGCCACCUACCAGCAAUUCAUCAUGGAGAUGGGCUGGGCAAGGCAGAACGAUGCUCGGAAAAACAAGAGCUUGAGCCAGGGCUCAGUCGAUUUUGAAGAGUGCCUUGACCCUGACUGGAGAAGUACCUACAACAGAGAUUUCCAGCACUUACCAGGACCCCUUGGUGGAUGCUGUAGAGCAAAUAAGGGCCUAUCGCACAUUUUCCCCAAAGAUGAGCGCCUAAACCAGAACCUGUGGGUGUCCGAGUACAAGGACAACUACAGCAUUUUCUUGCGGAAGCUGAACCGCUCACCUCAAAUCCCCGGUGCAGGGCUGGGCUUGGGGCUGUCCCUUGGGACGGACACAGCCCAGUGAGUGGUGCUACAGGUGGCCAUGCUUCUUGGCCCUCCAAGCUGUCUGUGUGAUAUUGUCCAUCAUCCUGGAAGCCUGGAAGCCUCUUCUCUUCCAAACCCACCACCAAAUCUACCAAAUACCUGGCACAGACUUUUUUAAUCAGAUGUUAUCGUUAAAAUCUCCCAAAAACUUGAGCUUUUAUCAUUGUCAGAAAAAGGGUUGGUUUGUUUUUGGUUUUGUGGACAAUGCAGGCUACAGAGCUUAAAACACUCAGGCAGUUUCAAUGUAUGUACUUUAAAGAAAACUUACCAUUAAACUUUGUCUCAUAGCAAGAAGCAGCGUGUGUUAAGCAGCAUUGCUUGUGUUAAUUUACUCUCUAUAUCCUUGUGUUCUUGCAGGAAGGGAAGUUAUCCAGGGCAGCUGAGUACCAGCUUUGCAGAGUUUCUUCCCCUCCUUCAUAUUUAACAUCUUUUUACAGGGUUUGGCUACCAAUUUCAGCUAAUGCUGCAUAAACCAGAAGUGAGUUUGAUGUGUCUGUUUGGGAGAUUUCUAGGAUUUCUGGAAGGAAUCUCCCAAGGAUUUCUGGAAGGAAUUUCUGCUCCCAGCCUGAAGAUGGCAAUGAAGAACCACCUAUCUGAGACCUGGGAAGGGCUGAUGUCCCUGGCCAGGACCUUGCCCAUCACAACCUUUCUGCUGAGCCCUGUGGCUUUAGUGACCUGCCUCUGUGCCUUCUGAAUUGAUGCCAAAAUUCACUUGGAGUAGACAGUGUAGGGAACUCUCCCUAGCACCUAAAAUGUAUUGCUUUUAAUGAGACAUUCUUGUGGCAUUCAGCAGUAAGAGAUUCUUAAUGGAUACAGACGAAAUAUCAAAAGAUAAUAUUAGUGACAACAAAGAACUUAUUUUACAGUAAUAUCAAGCAUACCCAGACCUGAUGGUGACAGGGAUUAUAUAGGGACUAUAUAUACACAGCAGCACACUUAUUGCUACCCCAGGGCGUCUAUCGUCAAAGAGAAUCACCUCUCCUGCUUCCUUCUACUCUGCAGGUGUUUCAACCCAUCACCACUUACCAGUGGCAAAUUUGACCAUUAACUUGCCGCAGGGCCUUAGGAAAGUCACCUGCAUGGCUGUGUUUCCCUGCAGGCAGAGAAGCUUUGGGGGAUUUAGCAAAAUUACAUCUGGUAAGGCCAAGCUCUAAGCAGGGGAUACAGGGAGAUACAAGGUUCUGGCAUUUCUGCCAAGCUGCCUCCUCUCCCUGCUCCAUCAUGGAACGUUACUGACCACAGCCCAUGGACAUUUGGGUGACAUAGGGUAUUUCUUCUGUAGCUAAGUAUAGUGGACUAGCGACUGCAGAUUUUGUAGGUCAGAAACAACGAAACUGCCUUUAACCUAAAAAUAGGGAAAAAUGAUACAGCACCAGCUCCUGAUAUAGAUUUUGGUUUCUUUGAGAUCAUGAGAACAGAGAUGUUCUUAAUGGGACAAGCACUUUUGCACCACUUAAAAUGCAUCCCAUUGCCUCACUGAUAGUUUUCUCUUAUGAAAAAAUGUUGUUAUCCUGCCUUGCUAUGCUGGGGAAAUGUUCCUCAAAUUGAUUUUGACAUUGCUCCGCUGCAAUGGUUUGUUACACUGACAGGGUCUGUGUGUAGAUGAAUGCUUAGGGCACAUAUACAAGGCAAUUUCAAGUUAUCUUCACUAGGAAAAAGUAUGUUGCUAAAUGCUAAUCAAAACAGGCAAUGAUGGUGGAAACAAAUGGCUGAAUGAGAAUAUAUGGUUGUGAUACACCCUGUCAGGUCCAUUAAUGAAGAUACUCAAUCAGGCAGACGGAUGCUGGAUUUGCUAAUGUCGUCCUUUAACUGCGUGCCAGGGAGAAGGAAGGAAGCUGCUGAUACUGAAGAUAAACGUCCUUCCUGGAUAUUCUGGCAGGACACUUAUUUAUGUGCUGUCCAGCUUUGCAGACCAGCCUUAGGGACGAGGCUUUUGAAACCUGCACUCGCACGUUUUGGCCCCCGCACCCGGAAUCCAGCCUGUUGCAUCCCCGUGUCCUGCCAUUUCUCUUCUCAGAAUGACAUUUCUUUUCUUUCAUACCUUUGUUUUCCCAGCCCUUGUUGCCUCUUCCCAAUAUUGGUCUGUCUGAUGUUGGCAGUGAUCUCUAUUAAUGAUUUUUUUUCCCCUCCAGCUCCCUGCUAUGGGAAUGAAGCUGGCCCCAAGCCAGUUCAAGCACACAAAAGGGUGGGCAGUGGUCAACACAGUAUGAAAUGCGGCUUCAGCAAGCCCUUGCAUCACCCCAGGGAGUCACAGCUAUGUUGUAACGGGGCACAUUCGUGCUACAUGCAAAUAUAUCCAAAUCGCAGCCACAGAGACAGCGUCCCAGUCUCCCCACAGUGCCCCCAGUGAUGCUCCCCUUACCUGGUGGAUGGAGGCUCUUCACGUGAGUGACACAGGCUUGAAAUAGAAGAGUGCUAGGGUUGAAAAGAGGCGAGAAGCUCUGAGUAAUGCCCGCAUUACCUCAAAACCAUCUCUUUUCAGUCCUUUUUCUGCACAGCCCUGAAUUACCUGCUUGGGCUCAUGGCAGCAGACACCACCAGCCAUGAGCUCAACAGGAUUGAAAAAGGGGUGAGACAUUUGUAUUAACAUCAGCUUUUACACUAGCAACAAAGUCCAAGGGAAAAAAAUAACAGCACAGAGAAACAAGCUGGACGUGAGUCAGGUCGUGGCUGUUGCAGAUCACGAGGUAUUUUCCAGGAGCAUGUUGCCCCAUUAUUGCUGUGGUUGACCCUGCCAUAUUUCUACAAAUCAUUUAGUGUUGCCUUGUGUCAGAAACAGAGGAACAGCCCUGGAUGGAGGCUGCUCCGAUCCACUAGUUCCCUGGUGGGAAACUUACUGGAGUCACGAGAAGGACAAUCCACUUCAGAUCCAAGUGAUGGCAUCACAGAGCAGUCAGAAAUGUGUUCACUCUUAUGACACUCAGUUGUAUUGCAAAAUGCACAAGCCAGUGAAUGCAAAUUUUGCAGGUUUCUCUCCCCAACACACAACUUUGAGGAAAAUGGGUUUUGGGUAAGGCAGAAGUGAUGCUUUUUGUGUGAGUGCCUUAGUGCCAUCUCCUGGGUGGAAGGGGAAAUUCUUAUUUUGGAGGUGCAACGUGUGGUCCAGACACUCUUUGCUGUGUAGGUUCAGUCAUUUAGCAACUGGGUGUGUGAGUGUGGUGUCAGGAUACCACACUCUGCCCCCUCCCACUACAUUGCUAAAUAAAUGUCAUCCUUAGGAUACGUGAUGGAGAUGUCUGUUCAGGGAAAAGGAUGCUCAUCAUCGUAAUGAAUUUUCAAGUAGCGUUUUCCAUCUUUAAUUUUGUCUUUUAUAUUUCCCAGCAUGGAAAAACAGACCAAAUGCUAAACUCACUUUGUGCAUCCUUAAUAGGAGAAUUAAUUCAACAGCAUCAGAGGUUAAUCCCAUGAUGACUAUUUCUCUGCUUCGAGGCUCCCUAGAUCUCUCCGCAAAUCACCUCAUUGGACAUUAGAGGUGUAAAACCUCCUUGUUCAAUAGUUUAAUGAAUUACACAGUGCUGAAAGACAGGCUAAAAUAUGUCUGUGGCCAUACUGGUUCUCACUACAGAACAUGUACUUCAUCAAGGAGUGACCAAACCCUCAAAUGUGGCUGCUGCUGCCUGCAGCUUGCUUGGAAACAGGCAGAAAUCCCACCACAACAGCUUCCUUGGAAGAGCACAGUUAAGAAGAACUAGUGGUUUGUGACAGAACAAGGCAAAAAUUUUCAGAGGUGUUUGCACAAACAUAAUUAGAAGCUUAAUUUAGCCCAGCAGAGUCAAAUCAUCGGUGCUUGGGAUUUCAUUGGUAUAACGUGAAAUUCACAAAAGAAAAGCACCUGCAGUAACAUUGCUUGGGCACCUACACUGCUCUGCAAACAGCAUUGCUCACCAUUUCUUGGAAGCCUGCAAGGACAUUCGAGGGCUGAUCCUCAGCCCCAUGACCGAGCAAUCAACUUUUCCUCUUGUUUCCAAAAAAAUUCUUCCCACGGCCACCACCCAACCUGCAAUUAUGCAAUAAAUCAGCAUGUGCUUAACAUUAGACCUUGUAAAUAGUCCCACUACCCUGUUUGGCAAUUAAUAGUGAGAGCAAAACAACUCUGAGCACAUCUGUAGUCACACGGCUUCAAUGGGUGGAAAAGCAGAGUUCCCAUGGGUCACCGUGGAGAAGUCCUUCCCUGAAGAAGAUUCCACCAAUUCCAAUGCAGCAUCUCUGAAUCACAAGACAAGUGACCUCAUGCUUAAAGCUACUAGGUGUUUAAGAGUGUUGUUGAAACAUGUUCUUCAUGUAAUGUUUUAUAAUGUAGUGGUCAUGGAGAAGGUGGGAAAUGCUCUUCUUCAGAGGGGGAUGAAGUAGCAGGAGUUAACAAUGCAAAACUACCGUUGGUAAGUCUCCGUUGGUAAGUCCUGCCCACAGCUCAGCCACCAACCUGAGCAGAAAUUACAAGCAAAGGGAAAGAACUUGUCAACUAACAUAUUUCCCCAAACUAUGAUUUUUGUCAAGGUGUGACGAUUAAACAAAGCUUUGGGAGUAAUAUAGUUUUAAUGAAACUUCCUUGGGCCAAUGAUGGAGUUCAAAAGAGAUGGAGAGAAAGAGAAAGGAGAAGCGAGAAAGACUUAUUGUGAAGUAACCGAUGACUUGGCAAUCGAAAGCAAAAGCAACUGGCAGCUUCCAAUUAUCCUAAAAUCAAGGCUUUUUCUUUCCAACCAGCUUUGAUUUGCCUCAUGCCUGUUUCCAUGUUGUCUCUCUGUGGCAGCUCAGGUUCUGUUAGUGUUCAGGACCAUGUCUGCUGGGCUUGAACGCAGGACUCUACCCUCAUAGAAAUCUAUAAGCACUUAAGUGGUCUUCACCACUUUUAUUUGAGCUUGCUUAAAUGAAGAGAGGUUCUUCGGUUUGGUUAAAAACUAUGUGAAUCAUCCAGUAGAAAAUGAAAGUGAAUGUAUUGCUGAGAUGUAAUGACUCCAUUUAUGGUGUACAGUUCUCCUUGAUGCUGCCACAAGACAGAAAGAAAUGACUACACGAUGAUGGCAAGUCCUCUACAUGCAACUGCUUGGCCUGUGCUCAGCUCAGAGGCUGGUACCAAGUGCUUUGCCUCAGUUCUCUCUCCUCUGGAAGAAAACACCUGUGGCCACUGUGGGGCUUGGCACUGGCACCUCUGCACGCUUCGUGGUCAGCUUGAGCAUUGCUUGCUGGAUUUGCCUCCAUCAGAUAUAAGCCACCCUGGUAAAGCUUUUGGAAUUUUUCACUGAUUUUUCUUUUUUAAUUUGGAAAAAACAUGUUCUGCAAUGCUAAUAUUUUCAUUUUGCCCAUAUUUUUUCAGUUCUUCUUUGGUGAGAUCAAAAUAAAAUAUUUCAACCAAGGCCUGAGUUGACCUUAAUGUUUUAUUUUUCUCUUUAGCUGCUCAGUCACUGGACUUUGAGACAAUUGUGGUUUGGGUGGCCCAAGCCUUCCCUUUACAUUGCACGUCACACCUGGUGCUGAGGAUACAUCUCAGGUACUUUGGGAUCAUAUGGUUUUUGUAAGACCUAAGCAUUGCCACACUCCCAGCGAACCGAUCUUACAUUGAAUUAAGCAUAUCUGAAACAUUUUCCUCCACACUUUUUUUUUUUUUUAACAUUAUCAAAUUGAAAUGUGCUCUAAUAUUUGCAAAUUUAGUUCUCAUCCUUCCCUGGCCAGCUGGAGACACAUAGCUCCAUGUGUUACUCAACAGUAAAAUGAGAUACCAAAGCAAUAGGAAAAAGAAAUUGAUUUUUUUUUUUCUCUAUAUAGGCUGUAUAUCUGGGGAAAAUAUUCCCAUGGAUAGCUCCUGGCUGGGUUGCUGAUAAUGAGACAAUUAAUUAAAUAGGUCAUCAGGGCAAACGGGCACAUCAGAAAGCCCCUGCUGUAACCAACACCUGAGAGUCUUUAAGCCUGGAAAUACCCACUGCUCCUACUUUUAAUCCUGGAUCACAGUAUGAUAUUUCACUGUAUUUACCCAAGGAAUGUGCAUGGAAAAGGCAUAAAUAAACACAAAAAGUGAAACCAAGCACUGAAGUAUUUUAUUUCA